GACGUGUUUUGAAGGCGGAGAGAGGAGGAAGAAAAUAGAAAUGGUGUAAACUUGAAGGGAGCGGGAGCAUCAGACGAAGAAAAAUAAGAAAAAGAAAAUGGCAUCGUUGAAAGGGGGAAGCGGAAGUAGUAGUGGCGGUGGAGGAGGAUCGGGAAUUGAGAAGCUGAGCGUGGAGCAGCUGAAGGCGGUGAAAGAGCAGACCGAUCUGGAGGUGAAUCUGCUGCAAGACAGUCUCAACAACAUCCGAACCGCCACCACUCGUCUUGACCUCGCCUCCAUCGCUCUCAACGACCUCUCUCUCCGCCCCCAAGGUAAGAAGAUGCUCGUCCCUCUCACCGCCUCUCUCUACGUCGCCGGAACCCUAGACGACUCCGAUAACGUCUUGGUCGAUGUCGGCACUGGUUACUUCAUCGAGAAAACAAUGGCCGAGGGAAAAGAUUAUUGCGAGCGGAAGAUCAACUUGCUGAAAUCAAAUUUCGAUCAACUUCUCGAGGUUGCCUCUAAGAAGAAAAGCAUCGGAGAUGAAGCAGGGGCAAUUUUGCAAGCAAAAUUAAAGCAGUUGUCUCCCAGUGCACAGUGAAUUCAUGAUCAUUUGUAGUGUCUCCUAGUGCAGUGAUGUUUUAAAACGGGGUGAUAUACAAUAGCUCUUUGUUCUUUUUGGGAUUAAUUUUUCGCUUCAUUGAGUCCAUCAAGUUAACCAUUAAAAGCGUGAUCCCAAAUUCUAUUUUUUUUAAUUCUAAAAGCAAAAUUUGAGUUUUUAUGCUUA